AAUGGAAUCUCAAGAAUGGGUCCACACGUUGAAGGCAAAUGUUUUCACGUUGAAGAUAACAAAAAGCUUUACACAAGCAAUUAUUUUCCGAGUCCCCAAAGAGAGGAGAGAGGAGAGAGGGAGAGAUAUCUCGCAGCGACGAAAAUGUCUGCACAAACUGCAAACCCCAAACCAAACAUCCCAUGGAAUGUGAAGCUCUUUAGGGCAUCAACUUCGUGGAUCUUCGACGCCGCAUUACGCCCCAACGGGACCAUCAACCGCGGCCUCAUCAACUUCUUCGACUUCAAAGCUCCUCCCUCUUUCAAACCCCUCGAUGGCGUUUCCUCCUCCGACAUCACCGUCGAUCCUUCUCGCGACCUCUGGUUCCGAAUCUACAACCCAGCCCCCUCCCCCACUGGCAGCGAUCCAAACGAUGUUGUCGGCAUGCCCGUCAUCGUGUUCUUCCACGGCGGCGGCUACAUCCUCGGCCAAGCCAACUCGAUUUCGGUGGACAAACAGGCGCGCAAGUUCGCCCGAGAGCUCCGCGCCAUCGUCUUCUCCGUCAACUACCGGCUGGCGCCGGAGCAUCGGUUUCCGUCCCAGUACGAAGAAGGGUUCGACGCGCUGAGAUUCAUCGACGAAAUGGACGGACGCGAUCUGCCACCCAAUGCUGAUCUUAACCGUUGCUUUAUCGCCGGAGAAAGUGCCGGAGGGAACUUGGCCCACUUCGUAGCGGUCAGAGCCGGCGAGUACGGCUUCAAGAGGGUGAACCUCCUCGGGCUCAUAGCAGUACAGCCGUUUUUCGGAGGGGAGGAGCGGGUCGAGUCCGAGAAACGAUUAUUCUGGGGCCCGACUCUGAGAUUGGACGGGACGGACUGGUAUUGGAGAGCUUUUUUGCCGGAAGGAUCGAACAGGGACCACCCGGCGGCGAAUGUGUUCGGGCCGAAUGCGGGUGAAAUAUCGGGCGUGAGGUUCCCGGCUACGCUUGUUGUAAUUGGAGGGUUCGACCUGUUACGGGAUUGGGACCUGAGGUACUACGAUGGUCUGAAAAGAUCCGGAAAAGAGGUACACCUGGUGGAUUAUCCGACUGCGAUCCACGGGUUCUGGAAUUUCGGCGUGAUGCCCGAAUAUGGUUCGUUAAUAGAGGAAGUGAGGGCGUUCAUGCAAAAGCAAAUGGGCAAAUGAAAUAAUUAAGGUACUCCCAUUCUCCAACCCUUUCUGCGUGUCAGCUGCAUAUAUAAUUAGUCUUCAAAUUAAUCAAUAUGCUUUUAUAUUUUUAUUAUUAAAUCUUUUUUAAGAGGAUUUGAGAUUCUGAUCAUAUUCUAUGUAAGACGCAAGUGGGUGUUUUGCGUUGUAGAAUACGGUAUUUAUAAUAAUACAAUCCCGCCAUUGAAGAGCGUUAUUGCCUUACCGGUUUGUUCAUCGUCUCGGGUGAUGCUAGAGUCCUUGGUGGUUGUGUUUAGUUAUGGUGAGUUGUAAUCUAAUGUUAUCGUGUAUGCAUAAUGGCAUUAAUAGUAGUAAUUAAGCAGAAAAGGAGGUAUUUGGAAUCUUGGAUCCUCCUUUAUUGUUGUAAUUAUUUGAUUACUUCCACCAAACGGAAGUAAUUCUAGUCCUUGAACACCAACUCCGUCAAAAUUGAUCGUGCUUUGCAUUCAACGGAGAAAAUAUACGCUGAUGGAGAUCGGUUGGCCAUUGAAAUCCAAGCAAGGGGUUUGGUUUGUCAGAAACAAUGGAUUAUUUUUUUGGGCUCCGAUCGGGAACUGGCUGAAGACGGUGGCUGAACUGACUGAGGCUGGUGUGAAGACUGACAGCAAACACUGCGGAAGAAGCGGCAGCAGCGGCCAACAACAGCGCAAGGGCCUAAAAGCAAAAAUUGGGCCGACUUGAGCUAAAUCAACAAAUGAGCCCACUUGAACAGUUAUUGAAUCGACUAACUCGAAUCCGACACACGUGAAGCGCGUGAGCUGGCCCACUUGGGUGGUUAAUGGGGUUAACGAAUUUGCUUAUCUAAAUUUGUCUUGAAAAGGGUUGACUUAGGCCAAAAACCAUAAGGGGCCCAACUUAGACUGGAAACCGACAAAAAAUGAGCCGACUUGAGUGGUUAUCGAGUCAGCGCAUUGAACUCAACUUGUGCAUGGUGGACGUGAUGUGGUCCAAGUAGUGGUCCACUUGCACCAGUUAUCGGGCUUCUUCUUCUUCUGUUAGUAUCUUCUUCUUCUUGGACUGGUUAUCGGACUUCUUCACAAUUUGUCUCUUUUCAUCACUGGACAUUGUUAAU